AAGAAACAUCAUGGACCGGGGUCUUCAAAGGCAAAAUUUUGUGUUGGCUGGUUCGGGCAGAUUUUACCGGGCUCCGCUUCUGGAUUGAGCUUUGAAUAGGGUUGUGUAGCAAGGUGAAGAUGGGUGUGAGACAGGUCAUUAAGAAACUGGACGCGUUUCCUCGCGCAGAAGAGCACUUGUUGCAUAAAACUAAAUCUGGGGCGCUUGUCUCUAUAAUUGGUCUAAUCAUAAUGGCCACAUUGUUUCUUCACGAACUGGGUUAUUAUCUUACAACAUACACAGUCCAUCAGAUGUCAGUAGACCUGAAGCGUGGGGAAACUCUUCCAAUUCACAUAAAUAUGACAUUUCCUUCUUUACCUUGUGAUGUCUUGAGUGUAGAUGCCAUUGAUAUGUCAGGCAAGCAUGAAGUGGAUCUGGACACAAAUAUAUGGAAACUUCGCCUGAACAGUCAUGGCCAUAUAAUUGGCACUGAAUAUUUAUCAGACCUUGUGGAGAAGGAGCAUGCAGCACACAAGCAUGAUCAUGGAAAAGAUCAUCAUGAGGGUUCAGAAAAUAAGAUUCAUCUACAAGGCUUUGAUGAAUCCACUGAAAAUACAGUCAAGAAGGUGAAGGAAGCAAUAGCAAAUGGGGAAGGAUGUCGGGUUUAUGGUGUUUUAGAUGUCCAGAGGGUUGCUGGAAAUUUCCAUAUUUCAGUUCAUGGACUAAAUAUAUAUGUUGCCCAAAUGAUUUUUGGAGGAUCAAAGAAUGUGAAUGUAAGUCAUGUCAUCCAUGAUUUGUCGUUUGGCCCCAAAUAUCCAGGACUUCACAAUCCACUGGAUGGGACGACGAGAAUUCUGCAUGAUGCGAGUGGGACAUUCAAAUAUUACGUUAAGGUUGUUCCCACUGAAUACAGGUACAUAUCAAAGGAAGUUUUGCCUACUAAUCAGUUCUCAGUUACAGAAUACUUUUCCCCCAUGAACGAUCAAGACCGGACCUGGCCAGCUGUCUACUUCUUGUAUGAUCUGUCACCUAUUACCGUCACCAUUAGAGAAGAGCGCCGUAGUUUUCUUCAUUUCAUUACUCGGCUUUGUGCUGUGCUGGGCGGAACCUUUGCCUUGACAGGGAUGCUGGAUCGCUGGAUGUACAGACUGGUCGAAGCUAUAACUAAACCAGCCUCCAGAAGUGUAUUACGGUAGAAUCGAAAUCCUUGCAUCAUCUUCAGGAAUUUCAGGCAUGACAUCGACAUUCAAACCCACCUUGUGAUUUAAAAGAUGGGGGCUUAUUUAAAACUAAAUUUCCCUUUUUUCUUUUGGAAAAAGGAAGGAUAUGUGAACGUUCACAUCAUAUAAUAUAAUCCUUUUUUUGUAUUAGCUGACCUCAAUGGCUAGCUUCUAA